AUGUUUAACUUCGGUGAAUGUAAGAAUCCCAGAAUUGCUUACGUCAAAGGCACGGAUGGCCUUCGCGGUUAUGGCAGCAAACCCGCAAACCAAAAGGACUUUCUUCAUGGUGCAAAAGCAGACUUCGCCGCUAUCUCAAACUUCAUCUGUCAACGCCUGCAGAACGAGUGUCUAGCCCCUGCCUCGACGGUCAGCUUAUACGAUUGGUGGGCUCUAAUAGGUUCGACCGCAAAGGAUAAGCAUGCUGCAGAUGCAUUCAACGAGAACCUUAUGCGAGACAUGAAUCCUACUCGUGUCUCGAAACUGAAGCCUACUCCUAAGCCAAUGCCGAAACCAGAAUACAACAUCGAAACGAAACUCUCAUCACAACAGGUCGAAUAUGAUGGCGACUUGGACCUACUACGGUGGUUCGACAACCGCAUGAUAACAGAUGACCCAAGCAACGGCACGUCCUGCCCUAUAGAUUGGUUUCAUCUGGGAGACUCCAAGGCCAUCAAACUUACGUGUAGCUUCCCGGACGGGUCAGUAGAAAAGCCGCUCCGCACAGCCAUGAACGCACUCAUCCAGGAAUCCGUUACAAAUUCCUCUAUUGCCACGGACGAAAAGCCUUUCUCUCGCUACACAACCAAGUCUGGAGGCUGCAACCGCGGCGGAUUUCCGAAACCCAAGUCGAUUUCUAGGUUCCCCAUGGUGGACGAUAUGAACCUGUUCAAUCUAAUGGGCGAUAGGAAUGAAGAGCAGGGGACGCUGCGUUACGAGAUUUCCGUAGGCAGUAGUCCGUCUUGUAAGGCCUGCGAUUAUCUUGCUAGGGUAUGA